AAGCACGCACGAAAUAAUACUCUGCGAAAUACCAGUUCUAAAAUGUCAUACAACAUGCGUCGGGGUCAGGGCUCGAAUGCCUCGCGGAAGACCCGGACUAAACCCAUCCCCGGUACGGACAGCAAGGGGCGCUGUUAUGUCUCUGCGGAGGCGUUGUGGAAGGGGGAACUUCGGGGGGAUCUUUACGACCCUAAAAAGGGCUGGUAUGGGAAGUCAUUGGAAUACUGGAAAAAUACCCCGGCAACCAUCGAUGGGGUGCUUGGUGGUAUUUCCAGCAUCCACGACAUGGAUAUCAAGGAGUCGGCGGACUUUAUUUCGGCGCUUCCGGACCACGGUACAAAGCGUGCGAUUGACUGUGGGGCCGGCAUCGGUCGCAUCGCGAAGCACCUCCUUUGUAAUAUCUACGAGAUAACCGAUCUAUUGGAGCCUGUUGAGCAUAUGAUCAUUCAGGCCAUGAAAGAACUAGAUGGUUUGCCCAUGGGAGAUUUCAUUCUAUCGUCUAUGGAAAAGGUUUCUCUGCCACCACAGACAUACGAUUUGAUUGUCAUUCAGUGGUGUUCAAUAUAUCUUACCGAUGAUGAUUUCGUCAAGUUCUUUCGCAACGCCAAACAGGCGCUUACCCCCCAAGGUUACAUCUUCUUUAAGGAAAAUUGCAUUAAUGGGACUACUUUUGUUGUCGAUAGGGAGGACAGCAGUUUGACUCGAUCUGACCUUCACUACAAACAAUUAUUCAAGAAGGCUGGUGUGCGGGUCGUGAUGGAGUCCUUACAACAAGAAUGGCCUCAAGACCUGUUCCCAGUUAUGAUGUACGGGUUGCAAUAAAAUAUAAAAAUCACAUAAUGCUAAAGUGCCGCUAUGUUUCCACUUCCUCUUUUACUGUCUUGGGGAAGAUCUAAGUUUGCAAAAGCUUCCUGAUUCUGUAAAAA